CCCCGCCGAGGUGUCGGAGGUGAUCCUGGGACAGGUCCUCACCGCAGGUGCUGGCCAGAACCCUGUCCGACAGGCAAGUGUUGCUGCGGGAAUCCCUUACUCUGUGCCUGCCUGGAGCUGCCAGAUGAUCUGCGGGUCAGGCUUGAAAGCAGUAUGUCUGGCUGCUCAGUCCAUACUGACGGGAGACUCCAGCAUCGUGGUCGCAGGCGGCAUGGAAAGUAUGAGCAAGGCACCUCACGUAAUUCACAUGCGAGCUGGGGUGAAAAUGGGAGAGGCUUCCUUGCAGGACACUAUAAUCCUUGAUGGACUUACAGAUGCAUUUUAUCAGUAUCAUAUGGGUAUAACAGCUGAAAACGUGGCCAAUCAGUGGCAAGUCAGCAGAGGGGAGCAAGACCAACUUGCUGUACAGUCACAAAACAGGGCAGAGGCAGCACAGAAAGCUGGCUAUUUUACAAAAGAAAUUGUUCCUGUUCUUGUACCUUCUAAAAAAGGUCCUAUAGAAGUUAAAACAGAUGAACACCCUCGACAUGGAAGCAACUUGGAAACAGUGGCAAAGCUAAAGCCCUGUUUCCUGACAGAUGGAACUGGCACAGUAACAGCAGCUAAUGCUUCAGGUAUAAAUGAUGGAGCUGCAGCUGUAAUUCUAAUGAAGAAAUCGGAAGCUGCUAGGAGAGGUCUUAUGCCUUUGGCUCGGAUUGUCUCUUGGGCUCAGACGGGUGUAGAUCCAUCCAUAAUGGGUGUAGGGCCCAUUUCAGCAAUAAAGCAAGCUAUUGACAAAGCCAGCUGGACUCUGGAACAAGUUGACCUGUUUGAAAUUAACGAAGCCUUUGCAUCGCUCUCUGUUGCAAUAGCAAAAGAACUGAAAGUAAAUCCGGAAAAGAUUAAUAUCCAAGGUGGAGCUAUUGCUCUUGGCCACCCUCUUGGUGCCUCAGGUUGUCGCAUCCUUGUUACUCUUCUACAUGCACUGGAACGAACAGGUGGAAAACGUGGUGUUGCUGCUCUUUGUAUAGGAGGAGGAAUGGGAAUAGCCAUGUGUGUUGAGAGAUGAAUGUGACUGGAAGAACCUAAUGUUAACUAGCUUUUAAACAGUUGACUAAUAAAACUUCUAAUCAUGGAGCUUACA